AAUUUGUGUGAAUAAUAGCAACAAAUCACGUGCCUCGGGAAAACAACAUAAUACUCAAUCGAUGAUGCGCCGAGUGCGCCAAGAGCGGCGUUGUCGACAGAUCGCCAAGCGACCAAUAGUCAGCUCUCGUUCAUCGGUGCGGUCACAACAAUUCUAACGGGAUCUCUAUCUCUGGAGGUUCUCCAGGAACUACCAAACCAAUCUAGUCAUAGAAUUAAGGCAUAGUUUAAGUAAAAUCGAAAAUCAACAAAAUGUCCAUGACAUCGCUGGGUAUCAGUACCGGUUUCAUGAUCGGCUACUGUGUGCUUGCCCAAGUCGCACGACGGCUUGCCAAACGUUUUGUCGAUCGCGAAGGCAUUGUGCCGGUGCUUGUUAACGAGGCGAUCGCUGCAGCAGAAUUGUGUGCUUGUUGCUUCGAACUAAUAAUCGUGGCUGACAACUUCGGCGUUGCUGCAUAUGCAAUCUUUCUGUUUAUGCUAACCGUCUGGUGGGGCAAGGUCUGGGGUGAUGCUUCCGCCUGUCCAUACACACAUAUGGAGGACUUGGUGGAAGGCAAGACAUCUUUUAGGGAGGUUGCAUUGCGCACAUGGGCCGAACUGAUGGGUGGUUGCUGUGUCUAUCGUAUAGUACAGGUGUUUUGGUGGUUCGAAUUUGCCGAAACACAUAAGGGACGCGCUUUUGAGGAGUGCAAUGCGGAUUUACAAGUACAUCCCUAUCUCGGUGCCGCUAUUGAAGGUUUCGCCACACUACUUUGCCGUCUCGCCUCGAAGGCGCUUAGCGAGAAAGACCCGAAAUUCUGCAGCAUCAUUGACUCGUUCAUCGGCACCAGUUUAGUGGUUGCAGCGUUCAACUACUCAGGCGGCUACUUCAAUCCCGUGUUGGCUACCGCACUCAAAUGGGGCUGUCGUGGACACACCAAUGUGGAACACAUCAUAGUCUACUGGAUUGGCGCAUGUGUUGGCGCGCUAUUAUCGGUGCCGGUAUAUAGGCUGCCAGUGGUGAGGCGAUUCUUGGUGGGCGAACGAAAGGAGAAGGAGGAAUAAGGCAGUCGGAGGAAAAGGAGGAAUAAGUUAGUCGAAGGAAAAGGAGGAAUAAGGCAAUCGAAAGAAUUAUACAGUCAGAGGAGUAAGGCAGUCGGAGGAGUAGGCAGUCGUAGAAGGAGGAGUAAGGCAGUCGUAGAAGGAGGAGUAAGGCAGUCGUUGAAGGAGAAGUAAAGCAGUCGUAGAAGGAGAAGUAAAGCAGUCGUAGAAGGAGAAGUAAGACAGUCGGAGAAAAAAGAAACACCACGCGAAUGUACCGUUAGGACAAAAGAUGCAAGAGUUCUUGUUAUUGUUAUUGUGUUGAAUAUUUUACAAAAUUUUAUCUUACAAAUACAUAUUUGUAAAUACGUUAAAUAAGUAUAAGCGUAUACGAAGUCAGUGAAGAAACAAAUACAAUUCAGUUUUUGUAACUAUA